AUGGGCUUUGCAAAGCUGCCGGAUCUGCGGACACUGAAGCCGCGAGUGCCGGGCUCCGAGUCGAUGGACUUUCCGGACUGCGAGGCGCCGCGCGCGGAAUUUGCACCGUCCGUGGCCUUUGCCCCUGCUCGGGAGCGAGGUUUGGAGGUGUCUGUCCACUUCCAGCGGCUGGUGGACGAACUGGUGAAUCAGCACAUCUGCGAGAUGAAGGAGCUGGAGACCCAGGCAGACCACCUCACAUCGGAGGUCCACAAGCUCCGCUCCCAGAACGACGAGCUGAGGUGUGGCGGUGGCGAGGCGGACGUUGGCAAUCCCAAGCUGCGGUUGUCCACGCUCAUGGGUGAGCGGACGCUUCAACUCCGAGAAAUCCAGGCGAGUGAGAUCCUCGAUCGCUGGGAGAAGGACUCUGACGGCCUGAAGAGUUUCGAGGACAACGUGCGGCUGACGUCCAAGGUCCAGGCCAGGAUCAACGUGGCCUUGGCCUUGGGCCGAAGAGAUAUAUCCUUCAUGACCAGGGCGACGAAUAAAGGCCUGGAUUGCGUGGGGCAGCUUCGUUUCUUCCUAGAGUCCACGACCUACGAAGCCUUGAUCGCCUUUGUGCUGUGCCUCAACGUGCUGUGGAUGGCUCUGGAGCUCCAGAUCUAUGGCUCCGUCACAGCGCUUCACCUCGGCCUGGCCGAAACGGCCCUCGUGGACCCACAGGAUGUGCCAGCCUGGGAGACGGCCUUCCGAAAUGGCGAUUUGAUCUUCACUGUCUUCUUUGUGACAGACGUGGUGACGCGCGUGGUGGUGCUUCGUUUACGAUUCCUGCGGGUGUGCAUGAACUAUGUGGAUCUCGGGGUGAGCAUCACGUCACUCAUUGAGAGCACCUUGUAUCACGCGGUGGACUUGCCGGUGAGCCCCAUCUUGUUCCGCCUGCUGCGGAUCGGCAAGCUGGCCAGGGCCUUCCGCAUGGUUACGAUGACCAGUGUGCUAGCAUCGCUCCAGCUGCUGGUGAAGUGCUUGGCUGCCAGCAGCAACAUGCUGUUCUGGAGUUUCUGCUUGCUGACCUUUGUCCAGUGCGUGGCCGGUCUCAUUCUGAGCACCCUCUGCAGGGAGUUUCUGACUGAUCCCAGCUAUGAAAUGGAAGUGCGUGAGCAGGUAUUCCGCUACUACGGCACUUUCACGAGGACAAUCCUCACCAUGUUCGAAAUUAUGUUUGCCAAUUGGGGUCCGCCUAGCAGAGUGCUCGUCGAGCACUUUAGCGAAUGGUUCUCAGCGUUUUUCCUCGUCUACAGGUGCAUUCUGGGCUUCGCCGUGCUCAACGUUGUAAAUGCAGUCUUCGUUCAGCAGACCAUGAAGACCGCAAGCUCUGAUGAGGAGCUCGCGUUUAAGCAGAAGGAACGGGAUGCUGCCAUGUAUCUCAAGAAGGUUAAGAAGCUCUUUCAGUCGAUUGACCAGUCUGGAGAUGGCGCCAUCAGCCUGGAGGAGUUUUCCAAGCUGGUCCAGUCGCCAAAGCUCUCAUUUUGGAUGAGUCAGCUGGAACUGGAGUAUCACGAUUUGUUGAGCCUGUUCGAGUUUCUGGACAACGGAAAUGGCGAGAUCACGCUCAUGGAAUUUGUGGAGGGUGCCUCACGCUUGCGGGGCCGUGCCAAGACACUGGACAUCUGGCGCUUGGAGACCAAGCUCGAGGUGCUCUUUGAGGAAGUCUUCAACGCCUUGCGCCCCUCCCACCCGGCCAUCAACGCAAGUGUGCAGGAGGUCUUCAACCAGUCACAGUUUCGGCACAUGAAGGCCACCAGCAACAAGGCGGCUUCGGAGCAUGGAUCGCCCCGAGAGCUUUUGCGCGAGAUCGCCUUUUGCAGCUUGAACUUUGGGCUCAAGCCCUUUCCUCUCAACAUGGAUUUCAGCCGCAUGUCAGACGUGGGCAUCGUGCAGCCCAAAAUGCCCGACUUCCGGGACGAGCCGCCCUACCCGAUCACCGCACAGAUGUCGCAGACCUUCCAACUGCUUGUAAACCGCCUAGUGGCGCAGCAUUUGCUGGAGGUGUCGCAGACCGAACACAACGUGGAAAAGAGGUUCACCGACGAGAAGGUGGCCGCAAGCGAGCCGCAGGUGCAGCUGAGUCCGAAGGGGAUGUCCGGGAAUGGGAAGAGUGUGGGCUUCCGGGACCGCUCGCAGUCCUCGGAUAGCGCCUCAAGCCACAGGGAGUCCCCCACUGGCAGGGAGGCCGCCAAGAAGAUGAGCGCCGACGCGAUUCUGAACGCUUUCGACAACGACCAAGAAGUGAAGAAGUUGUUCAGAGAUGCUGAGAUCCAGAAGAUGAUGCAAGCUGGGUCUGAGUUUGACAAGGAAGGGUCAAAAGCAUGGUGGGACAAAUAUGCCGGCCUCAGCUGUAGCGAGAAGCUGAAGGUGUGGCUUACCUCCAGCCGCUACGAGAUGUGCAUCGCCUUGAUUUUGAUCCUCAACGUCCUGUGGAUGGCCUUCGAGCUCCAGUUCUAUGGAUCCCUCUCUGGGUAUCAGAUCAACUUCUUCACGGAAGCGCCUGCCUCCGAUGAGGAUAUCCCAUCCUGGGAAGCUGUGAUUGAGGCUGGUGACUUCCUCUUUACCUGCUUUUUUGUCCUGGAUGUGGUGGUCCGGAUCGUGGUCCUGCGCGGGCAUUUCUGGAAGGUCUGCGCCAAUUACGUGGACGUGGCGGUGAGCAUGACGGCUCUGGUGGAAGUCACCAUCCUCUAUGCCGUGGCCUUGCCGGUGAAUCCCAUCCUCUUCCGGCUGCUGCGCAUCGGCAAGCUGGCCAGGGCGAUUCGCAUGGUGACCAUGACCAGCGUCUUGGGGUCUUUGCAGCUCUUGGUGAAGUGUUUGGGUGCCAGCUGCAAUAUGCUCUUCUGGAGUUUUUGCCUGCUGACCUUUGUGCAGUGCGUGGCCGGCUUGAUUGUCAGCACUUUGUGUAGAGACUUUGUCCUUGACCCCAACUACGACAUUGCUCUGCGCGACGAAGUGUUUCGCUACUAUGGCACAUUCACAAGGACGCUGCUGACGAUGUUUGAGAUCUUGUUUGCCAACUGGGGCCCACCUUGCCGGGUCUUGAUCGAAAACUUCAGCGAGUGGUUCUCCGUUUUCUUCUUGCUGUAUCGUUGUGUCUUGGGCUUCGCCGUGUUAAACGUGGUAAAUGCAGUCUUUGUCCAGCAGACCAUGAAGACUGCAGCCUCCGAUGAGGAGCUGGCCUUCAAGCAGAAGGAGAAGGACGUGCAGAUGUACACUCGAAAAGUGAAGCGCCUCUUUCAAACCAUCGACGACUCUGGAGAUGGCGCAAUCAACUUGGAGGAGUUUUCGAAGCUGGUGCAAUCUCCAAAACUGAAGUUUUGGAUGAGCCAGUUGGAGUUGGAAUAUCACGACUUGCUCAGCCUCUUCGAGUUUUUGGACAAUGGAGACGGAGAAAUCACGCUCAUGGAGUUCAUCGAAGGUGCGGCAAGGCUCCGUGGCAAUGCAAAGGCUUUGGACAUUUGGCGCAUCGAAACCAAAAUGGAGGUGCUGUUGGAAGAGGUGCUUAAAGCUUUGCAAGACGUCAUGCCGGGUAACGACGGCUUGACAGUGGAGCAGGUUUUCGAGAACUCAUCGUUCCGGCAUAUUAGAGCCACGAAGCAGGAGACCCGAGAUCUCGAGAAGGCCUACCAGUUCUACCAAGAUGGGCUUGCUGAAUCCUGAAUAGAUAUAAUUGCGCAUUGCAAAGGUGAGACAGGGUUGCUUCGAGCCAAAAGAUGAAACCGCAAG